CCCGGCACGGUCAUUCACAGUUACAUUCACAAGCUCGUGCACUAUACAGCGAGCGCCGGGUUUGGGAGGAAGGUCGCUCAACAAAACUUAACGUAAUGAACAUGCUAAGGUGCUAGCGCGAGCUAAUGAGGCGCAGGCCGGCUGACUGAGCAGAAUUAUCCCCGCACAGCAGCGCUGCUGCCCGUCGGAGUUCACAGGAAACACCGGCCUCAACAGAGAGACCCACCAUGCGUGAAUAUAAGCUUGUGGUCCUGGGCUCUGGAGGCGUGGGGAAGUCUGCACUGACAGUUCAGUUUGUACAGGGAAUAUUUGUUGAAAAAUAUGACCCCACAAUAGAAGACUCAUAUAGAAAGCAAGUUGAGGUUGAUGGGCAGCAAUGCAUGCUAGAGAUCCUGGACACUGCAGGCACAGAGCAGUUCACAGCAAUGCGGGACCUGUACAUGAAGAACGGGCAGGGUUUCGCUCUGGUUUACUCCAUCACAGCACAGUCCACCUUUAAUGACCUGCAGGACCUACGGGAGCAGAUUCUGAGAGUGAAGGACACAGAGGAUGUGCCAAUGAUCUUGGUUGGGAAUAAGUGUGAUUUAGAGGAUGAGAGGGUGGUUGGGAAGGAGCAGGGUCAGAAUCUUGCUCGUCAGUGGAGUAAUUGUGCCUUUCUAGAAUCUUCUGCCAAAUCAAAGAUCAACGUCAAUGAGAUCUUUUAUGGCCUGGUAAGACAGAUAAACAGAAAGACGCCGGUGGAGAAGAAGAGAGCGAAAAAGAAGUCAAACUGCAUCCUGCUGUAACACAACUGCAUCACUGCAGCAGCUCUGAGCCAGAUUGCCGAAAUGAAGAACUGUUGCCCAGCUGGCCAACAUUCCUGUUCCUCUCUACAGUUAUUGGCCAAACAAUUAGUAAGACUGAACACCAGACUCCUCAACUAAUACACAGACUUGACAGAAAAAGAGAGAUGCAGCCUCUGCCUUUUCUUCCAGAGCAGUCUUGAAAUGUUUCUUCCCCCCGUUCCUUGAUUACUGUUUUUUUUUUUUCUGAAGGAGAUUCCACACUAAGGAUCUGUGUCUGGAGCAGAAGCUCCGUCUGUGACAUGGCAAAGGGGGGUUAGACAGUCUGGGCGAGGGUUCAGGACUUUCUCUGUGUGUCCUACAGAGAGAAUGGGGACAUUUCAAAAACAUGCUCAUGUUUGUAAAAUGAUCAGAAAUGUUUCUUUUUUUCCCAUAAUGUUUGGACUAUCACUAAUCAUUUGUACAGAGAAAAAGCUGUCCUUCAUUCAUCAAAACAUUUUCUGAGUGACUUUGAACACUUACUGCUUUCAUGUUCCCCAUAAUAUGCUUAGAUUCUUAUUUCCUUUUAUCUAAACAAACUGAACAAUGUCCUGUUUUCUUUUGGUGGUAUAGUUAAAAUAAGAAAUUUGGAUCUGUCUAUCUUGAAGAUUAAGAUGUAUUGUACUGAAGCCAAUGCAUUUGUUUUUUCACAAUCAAAAUUAGAUUAAUUUUCCAGCUUUUAAAGAUAAUUACAUUUUAGUAUAUUUUCUUCCUUUUUUCCCUUGGAUGUAUUUUGCGGUAGGCUGUAGCUCAGCCUGGGAUAAAUAUCAACCGUUUUGUGCCUGAGCAGGAGAAGGAAGAAAUCAGAUCUAUAAUGCAGAGAUGACUUCUCCUCUGAUAACCGCUAAACCAAUAAUCAAUAGUCAGUCCUUGACACUUCAUUUGCCAAUUUGUGUUGAUGUGUCAAAUAUUUUAUUUUAGUUUUCAUUGUUCUGCUCCAUGGUUUUGUUGAGCAUUUCAAACAAAGUGUCUGGCUGGCUUUUGAUUUGUUUUUAAAGUAAUGUGUGCUUUGAUUUUUUUUUUU